AUGUUUUCUUCAAUAUUUGGUAAGCGAAGAUCGUCGCCGGUGGAGGAUGAAAUGCCCCCAAUCCCUGGUGCAGGACCCACCCCCGAUGAAGGCUUUGAAGUAAUUGAUCCAAAUUCCCCGAGAAGCAACUUAUAUCCUAAUGUGAGUGGAGGAUCUCUACCGCUGCCACAGAGACCCGCACCACUUGCGCCACCCGCCUCAACACCACGAAGAGCUUUAUUUGACCCGACAUUUCACUACCUACAAGGAGUUCCUUUCACCAUGAGUAAAACGCUUCAAAUGGCUUCAAAUAAGGAUUCAUUCGCCUCGGAAACUGCUGACCUUCUAGCGUUUCUCACAAACAAAGUAAACAUUAGCAGUUUUGACUAUGAUUUUUCUGCUGAGAGAAGUGUACUGAAAGAGUGUUGA